GCAAAAGUGAUACUUAAAACACCCAGUUUGAUCUUUUGUCUAGUGUCGUUCAGUGAUGCAAUGGCUGCUACGAUAAAGCAUUUGGCUGCUUGAGACUACCCAGUGAAUUUUCUACCUGGUAGAGAUGAUCACAGAUAAAGAUGACCUAUUUUGCAUGCCAGUUGAUGAUGGAAAAGCUGCCCUUGCUACUGGAGAAGAGAAUAAACCAGCUGAGCAAAGAUCUGGUCCAGAAAGACAGGUUUACAUUAGUCCUGGCAUUACAACCCUUACAGACAAUACUAAGCGAUGUAAGCUGAAUAGUAGCCAGGAACAGGCCAUCCAAGAAAGCCCUGGGAUGUUACAGCAAAAGGCAAGGAAGGCAACUGCUGCCACCGAAGAGAAACCGAGAAAAGGCAUUUUUGGCAUGACAUUUUAUUUAAAAAAGGACAAAUGCCCUCCUCGUGACAAAACGUCUUCAGCUACAAGCACCAGCCACAAAGGGAAAGCUGCUUUGUCUGUCAAAGAAGAUAGUAUACAUUGUACAAAGAGGGCUCUGACAGAGGUAAUGAAAACGUCCAGACCCCAUCAAGAGAAUUACUGCAAGAAUAAAGGAAAACUGACUGCAUCGGUCAUCUCUUCCCCAAUGGAAUCCUCUGUAGACUACGAGGAGGAUAUGUACCGUGAUGCAGAAGAAAUAGAGAGAGAGAAAGUGUUACUUGUGUGUGGGACAGGCUCCUCAGAUUUUCCAGAAAAUAAGCUAAGUGUUGAACCUGAAGUAGACAUCAUGGAUUACUGCCAAGAGGAAUGGAGAGGCAACACUUCCCAUGCCAAACAUAUAAGAAAGGGCUAUGAAGCAGUUUCACGUAAAUUUAUUUCAAUAAGAAGAGUACGAGGAGAUAACUAUUGCGCUGUAAGGGCAACGUUGUUUCAAGCGCUCAGCCAAGCUACUCAGCUUCCUGACUGGCUCCAAAGAGAGGACAUGAUGUUGGUACCAGAAAGGCUGAUGGUCAAAUAUGACUGGAUCACACAGUGGCAACUCAGACAAAAGUGGACCAGCAAAGUGGAAAACUUGAUGGAAGAAAUUAAAGAAUGCUUAAUGCUUCUAAAGAGGAAGUGGAAAAAUAUGAGUGAAAUUAAGAUCCUCUCAGAGAGGCAAGCAGCUUGCGAUGAGCUUUUUAAAAGUGAAGAGGAUGAAUACAGACUCUAUGAAGCUGUGAAAUUUCUUAUGCUAAACAUUGCUAUCAAAUUGUAUGAAGACAAUGAGAAGGAAAAGGAAGUCCCUGUCUUCUCCUGGCUUCUGUUUGCUCGGGAUACAUCCAGAAAUCCUUCCCAGCUAAUGGAAAACCAUUUGAAUCAACUUGGUCACACAGGAGGCCUUGAACAGGUGGAAAUGUUUCUCCUGGCCUAUGCUUUGCAGCAUACCAUUCAGGUUUAUCGACUAUAUAAGUACAGCACAGAUGAAUUCAUCACCCUUUACCCCAAUGAUCCAGAAGAGGCCUGGCCGGUGGUUACUCUUAUAACUGAAGAUGACAGACAUUAUAAUAUCCCUGCUCGAAUGUGUGAAGAGACCAGUUUGUAAAAAAGCAAUAAUUAUGACUUUUCUUCCAGGUGUAUAAAUUGAAUAAUUAUUUGAAUAAACAAUUUAAAACCA